UCCACAGAUUGUCAGCAGUAAUGUUGUGGAAGAUACUGUGCUUCGUGGUCCUGUCCGGAUGGAUGAUAAACAACACUGCGGGGCUUGGCUCGAGCACAACCGUUCCACAACAAAGUACAACAGGUACUGCACCAACUACUGCAGCUCAAACAACAGACACUCCUGGGCCUUCAAGCACUACGCCUGCAGCCCAAACAACAGAGAAUCUUCGAAGUUCAGCAUCAACAACAGUUACAGCCCAAACAACAGAGACGGCUGAACCUACAGGCGGCACAACAAGUGCAGCAGGAACAACACAAACUACUGAAACAUCAACCAUCACAACAGAUGCCGUCACCUCGCGGUUAACAACUCCCGAGGAAACUAGCACAGAGACAUCCCCGGGUACCUCUACGCCAGGCACUACCCCAGAUGUGGAUGAGUGUGCUUUGGGGACAGACGACUGUGACGUGAACGCUGACUGUCAGAACACGCACGGGUCAUUCACCUGUACCUGUCACGACGGUUACCAAGGAAACGGUGUCACGUGCACAGACAUCGACGAGUGCUCGACCGGGGCCCACACCUGCGACAGCAGCGCCACCUGCAACAACACAGUGGGAAGCUUCAGUUGUACCUGUAACAUCGGUUUCCAGGGUGACGGCACAACUUGUGCAGGUGGGGAAAUCAUCUUCAAGCAGAUCAUAAUGUAG